GCUGGUCGAAAGAGAGAGAGAGAGAUUGCUUUAGUCGCAUUUCAGUACCUUCAUCGAAAGGCUUCGAACCUUUACAGACUUCCUCCAGCCAACCUCUACCCACCACCUCUUCGCCAUUACAAUCCUCUGCUUGGUGAGGAGUAGACCGAGAGAGCCCAUCAUGCUGACGCUUUGCUCAGCACAGCUCUGCGUGCUGCUCAGUCUGAUGCUGCAUUGCAGCUUCGCCCAAGGCGCCCGUCUGCUCCUCUUCACCGCAACAGCACAAGGAGCAUAUCGCCACGACAGCAUUCCCACCGCCAUCCAGACAAUCACGGCGCUAGGCAAGGGAGACAUUUCGCUGUCGUCGGAUGUGGCUGAAAGCGCCGUUUCUGGCGCUCGGUGGGAGACGGUAGCUUCGGAGGAUGCUCAGCUCUUCACACAGCAAGGACUUGAGGAAUUUGAUGCGAUUGCCUUUGUCCACAAUACCGACGUAGAUCCACCGGGAAUUGGGACCAUCUUAUCUUUCGAUCAAGCAUCUGCUCUCCUUUCCUACAUUUCCUCCGGCGGCGGCUACGUUGGGGUGCACAGCGCCGCCAACACGCUGUACUCCACACCAGGAUAUGGCAGACUAGUUGGGAGCUUCUUUGACUAUCACCCUGCAUUGCAGCGCGUGAGCAUCGGUGCUCUGAGCAAGGACCAUCCAAGCACAAGUCGCUUUCCCGAAUCCCUCAGCAUUCGGGAAGAAGUGUAUCACUUCCGCACAGAUCCACGUCGACUUCCAUCUCCGGCACACGUGCUGCUGACCAACACCUCUGCCUUUCAAGAUCCGGGCGUGAAUGCGCAAGGGUUCAGGAACGGCUCGGAUGGAUCGCCCAGACCAUUGGCGUGGUGGAGAGAGGGUGGUUUGUUGGACGUACCCCAAGAGGAGCGUAUUGGCGGAGGUCUCGACGACUACGAAGGCGACGUCAAUCCUCGAGGUGGUCCCGGCCGCAGCUUCUGCACUAGUCUGGGCCAUCUGAACGAGACGUGGCAGGAACCCGCAUUUCAAGCGCACAUUGCUGGCGGUAUUCAUUGGGUCUUGUCGAGCCCAACUGUGAAGAGCAACACGGGUAGCGCUUCGAUAGGCUCCAGCGGAACACCCACCGAUCAAAGUGGAAGACCUACCUCCACCGCCAGGGACCAGAUCGGCGCUGCGGAUGUCGCAGCCAGCCCUGUCAAGGUGUCGCCUGGGGCCAUAUUUCUGUGCGCUGUAGUGCUCUCUUCACUAUGGGCAGUACAGACGUAAAUGUCAUAAAGACG